UUGCAUCAAGCCACCAUUAAUACCAAAGCCUUGGUUUCUUACAAUUGCUAAUGGCUUCUCAUAUUCUAAUAGCCUUUUUCCUCUUCUUUUCGAUCCAACCCUUUUUAGCUCAGUCUAGAACUUUGAAGUCUGAAAACCAAGAUCAAUUCAAAUCCUUUCAAAACCUGGAAGGUGCUGGAAAGGGCUCAACAGUGGAAGGGCUGAGUAAGGUGAAACAAUACCUGAAAAAUUUAGGAUACUAUCCAACUGAUACCAAUCUUGUCACUGACCAUUUUGAUGAAGUUAUGGAGUCUGCACUCAAAACAUAUCAGAACUAUUACCGUUUGAAAGUUACAGGAAAGCUAGACUCCGAUACCAUAAAAGAAAUGAUGAUUCCACGAUGCGGAGUUCCUGAUAACAUCAAUCACCCAACAAAACAAAGCCAUCACAAGCCUGGAAAAUUCAAUAUGAUAGUUUCUGAUUACUCUUUCUUUCGAAACAUGCCGAAAUGGCCACCUUCCAAGUACCACCUGACCUACAAAUUUCGCUCCGCGGUCCAAGUCAUCGAUGAGAAGGUGUUAAAGUCUGUUUGCGCCAAGGCAUUCAAAAAAUGGGCUGAUGUUUCCCAGUUCACAUUCGAGGAGGCAGCUGCUGGUUCAAAAUCAGAUAUUGUUAUAGGGUUCUACAGUGGAGAUCAUGGGGAUGGUCAUCCUUUUGAUGGGCCUAGAAGAACACUGGCUCAUGCUUUUGCACCAGAGGAUGGAAGAUUCCACUAUGAUGCAGAUGAGAAUUGGAGUACUAACCCUGGCACAAAUCAGGUGGACUUGGAAACAGUGGCUAUUCAUGAAAUAGGUCACCUUCUUGGGCUUUAUCAUAGUCAGGAUAAGAAUGCAAUUAUGUAUCGUGCAAUUCCAUACGGAACUAUCAAAAGGCAUCUCAGUCAGGAUGACAUUGAUGGCAUUCAUGCCCUCUACUCUUAGGAAUCAAAAUAAUUAGUUUUUAUAUAAAUUAUACUAGCCUACAAGUGCAAAAUAAUUAAGGUUUGUGAUUGCAAAUAAAAUGUAAAUAUUAUUAUAUAUUUUUUUGGUGUAAUAAAAAAAUAAUAUUAUAAAAGAUUAUUGGGUUAGAAUUUA